GGGACGCUUCUUCUACAACAACAGCUAGUCAGACACCUCCGUAGCUUUCUAGCAAACAUAGCUACAACAUUCACGCUCUUUACACGGUUUUUGUGUAUUUUAGUUGCUGUGUGUGAAAACACACUUCUGUCGUAUGUACUUGUUGGCCCAUUUAAUUAUAUAUUGACGUUGUUUGUCAGCUAGCUGGUUUGCUAAAUUAGCUUAGAACUAGGCUAGUCGCUAAUGCUAGCUAGCUAACAUCUCCGACCAUGAGUUCACUAAGCAACUCUCCUCCUGAUAAAGAUGAGGAGGUCGGCUGGACGGAGAGAGAAACUCUCGUGAAAGAGGAAGAGGAGGAUGUCACAGUACAAAAACAAGUAGAGGGUGAGGCUGUUACCGUGAAAGAAGAAGAGAAAGACAUUUCAGUGAAAGAAGAGGAGUACUCGUUCAGAGUGAAAGAGGAGGAGGAUGUUACAGUAAAAGAAGAGAAAGAGGAGGAUGCAGUUUUUGGAGUGAAGGAGGGGAACAUGACUGUCACAUUGAAAGAGGAGGAAGAGGAGGUUGGAGAUCUGUUUAACACCAGAGAGAGACGAGACAAUCGUGGAUCCUCUCGGGAGCCUCAACAACAUCAUGAUGCUGACGAGGCAGAAAAGAGUCUCUCCACAUCAGAACACCUCAAGAAACACCAGCAGAAACCCACAGAAAAUAAAUCUCACUGCUGCUCUGACUGUGGGAAAUGUUGCAAAUCUUCAUCAGAACUUAAAAUACACCAGCGAGUACACACAGGAGAGAAAUCUCACCACUGUUUUUACUGUGGGAAGAGUUACUCAUGUUCAGAUUCACUAAAAGUACACCAGAGAAUUCACACAGGAGAGAAACCUUAUAGCUGUGAUCAAUGUGGGAAGAGUUUUACUCAGUCAGGCUGUCUGGUAGUGCACCAGAGAACACACACAGGAGAGAAACCUAACCACUGCUCUGACUGUGGGAAAAGUUUCUCAAGAUUAGAUUCACUAAAAGUACACCAAAGAAUUCACACAGGAGAGAAAAAUUUCCGCUGCUCUUACUGUGGGAAACAUUACUCAAGGUUAAAUUCACUACAAGGACACCUGAGAAUUCACACUGGAGAGAAAUCUUAUAGCUGUGAUCAAUGUGGGAAGAGUUUUGCUCAGUCAGGCAACCUGCUAGUGCACCAGAGAACACACACAGGAGAUAAACCUUAUGGCUGUGAUCAAUGUGGGAAGAGUUUUACUCAGUCCGGCAGCCUGAAAUCACACCAGAGAAUACACACUGGAGAGAAACCUUAUGGCUGUGAUCAAUGUGGGAAGAGUUUUACUCAGUCAGGCAGCCUGAUAGUGCACCAAAGAGCACACACCGGAGAGAAACCUUAUGGCUGUGAUCAAUGUGGGAAGAGGUUUGUUGCAUCUAACUAUCUGACUACACAUCAGCGAACACACACAGAGCAAUCUUAUAGCUGUAAUCAAUGUGGGAAGAGUUUUACUCAGCCAAACACUCUGAUAGUACAUCUGAGAACACACACAGGAGAGAAACCUCAUGGCUGUGAUCAAUGUGGGAAGAGAUACUCUGAUAAAAGAUCUCUGAUAAAACAUCAGACAAUACAUACAUGAACGAGUUGUUUCAUGAUAUCAAUGAAAUAAUGUCACAAUGUAGAAUGUUUUAACAUUGUAGUAGGAGUAUUUUAAUGAUGUCACAAUGUAGAACCCUAAAUGUUUGCCCCCUGUUCUAUUGAUUUCAACAUGAUAUGGCUAUUAACCUCAGGGGGAAAAUCCAGGCUCUGAAAUUAAUGAGUACUAUUUAUAUGAUUUAACAAAGUGAGUAACAAAAAGAGUUGUGUUAUACUUACCACGUUAGUGACCCACUUGAAUCAAAAUGCAGCACUUAAAUGUAGCAAGCUCUUUUCUAGAAAUUGUCCUCUAACCAGUGAUGUACACAUUAUUCACAGAUUCUGUGUGGUUUCUGAGCUGUUAAUUUUAACAUGAUGUCCCCCCUCUCUUGCGCAAUAUGAGUGAUGACAAAUACAUGUUGUGUUUCUCUUAGUGUUGGGGACCCAUAAACUCUAAAUGUAGCUGACUGUCUUCUCCAGGUUGUCCUCUAACCAGGGUGGUAAAAUAUAUCUCCAAUUUCCAUGUUUUUGUUGUUGUGUUAGUUUCAACAGCACGUACAAUCUGAUUUGCCCCCUAAUCGAUAUCAGUGAUUUAGUUUCAAUGUACUUGCAGCCUAUACACAUGGACGCAAUAUAAUAAAUUGGUC